AUGACGAAGCAACACGCUAAUUGGUCUCCAUACGAUAACAAUGGAGGAUCAUGUGUUGCGAUUGCUGGAGCCGAUUACUGUGUUAUCGCCGCAGACACCAGAAUGUCCACGGGAUACAACAUACUCACUAGGGAUUACUCCAAAAUCUCCCAAUUAGCCGAAAAGUGUGUGAUGGCAUCAUCCGGUUUUCAAGCUGAUGUGAAAGCCUUGCAGAAGGUUUUGUCUGCUAGGCAUUUGAUUUAUCAGCAUCAACAUAACAAGCAAAUGAGCUGCCCUGCAAUGGCUCAGCUUCUUUCAAACACACUUUAUUACAAACGCUUCUUUCCCUAUUAUGCAUUCAAUGUUUUGGGUGGCCUGGACAAUGAAGGAAAGGGAUGUGUUUUCACAUAUGAUGCUGUUGGUUCCUAUGAGAGGGUUGGAUAUAGUUCUCAGGGUUCUGGAUCCACACUUAUCAUGCCAUUUCUGGAUAACCAGCUGAAGUCUCCUAGCCCACUACUGUUACCUGCCAAGGAUGCUGUUACACCACUGUCUGAAUCAGAAGCAGUUGAUCUGGUUAAAACGGUUUUCGCAUCUGCAACUGAGAGAGAUAUAUACACAGGGGACAAGGUUGAAAUUGUCAUCCUAAAUGCCAGUGGUACUCGUCGUGAGUACAUGGACUUAAGGAAAGACUAGUGCUCUGAGCAAGUACUUUUCUGUUCACAUUAUAACUACUGGGAUUCACUUAUAUUUGCAUUGGAUUUUUGUCGUAGUCCAUUUCGUAACUUUAGCGUGCAUUUUAUAUCUUGUUAUAACCUGUUUAACUGCCAUCGUUUUCUCAUGAUUGCGUUGUGUUUUGCUUCGUA